CGAUGCUACUAUGAUAAAAUUACCGAUCAUUUGAACUUGCGAUAUAGUGUGACUUUACCAUUUAAUUCAUUGUAAAUAUAUCCUGUAUUGUUUUGUAGUCCUGUUUGGAACAAACAUGAAAUAGAUCAACUUUAUAGAGGGUUUUUCAUUUGUUUGUUAGAUUAAGGUAGUUUGUCUACUUGGUGUUGCCGUACUACCACUUCCGGUAGCAAUCAUAGCAAUAAAUAAAUCGCGAAACUGCAUGACUUAAUAACUAUUUACUGUGCCGACUAAAAUCCACGCGUAUUUACUGUGUUUUAAAUAAUGUAUCCAACACAAGUAUAUUCCGUACAAUGAAGGAAACCUCACAAUUGUGUAUUGUUUCUCAUGCUACCUUAGCCCGUUAGCUGCUAACAAAGAGAAGUUAGCAUCCCAUGCUAAUUGUUGUCACUGCGAACAUGUGCAAAGUCCAAAUACUGAGAGCGAUGGUGACUGAGCGACUGAAUGCUGUCGUGGAAGAAAUAUUUGUCGUGUUGGAAAGGACCAUAGCGGAAUACGAGGAGGAACUUUCUCGGACAAAAGAGGAGAACGAGCGACAACGUCAACAACUGGACGCUGCUGUCAAGCCUCAAGUUGUGUUGAACAGAACAGACAUCAGUGACGAAGAUCUUCCCGCUGAGCAGCGGGAGUGGAGCACCUUGGUGGAGCCCGAGGAUCCUGGGCCCCCCUUCAUCAAAGAGGAGCAAGUAUGGACUCCGGAAGAGGCUGACGUCGGCGAAUUUCCAGUGACUUGUGUGGUUGUGAAGAGCGAAGACGAUGAUGCCGAGAGGCCGCAGCUUGAGAAAAGUCAAAGUGAGGAGACGAGAAGACCAGAAGCAGACAGCCUCUUAGCUCCAGUGUCUGACAGUGACGAGACGACGUCUCACUCUGCCGACACUGAUGAUGAAGACUCUAAAGCGGAUAAGACGUCUCACACGGACAAAAAAUCCUUUCAGUGCUCUCAAUGUGACAAAACUUUUGGAUGGCUGACAACUUUCAAGAGACACAUGAGAGUCCACACUGGUGAAAAACCGUACGGCUGCUCCGUUUGCGGUAAAAGGUUCUCCCUAAAUUGCACUUUGACGAUACACAUGAGAACGCACACUGGAGAGAAACCUUAUCUCUGCUCCAUUUGUAGCCAGAGGUUCUCUCGAAAAAGCGAUCUGGUGGUGCACACGAGAACGCACACGGGUGAAAAACCGUUCGUGUGCUCAGUCUGCGGCGAGACGUUCUCCCAAAGAGGAAAUUUGAACAUACACAUGAGAUUACACACCGGAGAGAAACCGUUGUCGUGCUUGAUUUGUGGCGAAAAGUUCUCUCAUCGAGGCAGUUUGAUGAAUCACACCAGGAAACACACCGGAGAGAAACCGUUCAGUUGCAAAAAGUGUGACGGAAAAUUCUCUUAUAAGUAUCAGUAUCGCAAACACGUGUGUGCUGCCAUACGCGAAGCAGCGCUUUGACUCAGUCAUGUAGCAUUAAAGUAACUUAUAUUCUUUUAUCUAAUUUAAUAUCUGUGUCAACCAUUGGAAUGAACUGAGCAUGUUUCAUCCCAUGAAAGUUUUCAUUAAGACAUUUGACAUUUGUCUUGAAGGAAAAAUGCAAAAAAUGUUUAACACUGUAUAUAAAGGUCUGCAGUAGGGUCGUACGAUAUUCCGGUACUAAAAAACUGCGGUAGUAAUUAAUGAAAAAAGGUAUAAUACUGCCUUUUUAAAAAAUACCUGUACUUUUUUUUUAUGGAUAUUAUGAUGCGCCUCGGCAUAUUUGCCAACCCUCCCGAUUUUCCCGGGAAAAUCCCGAAUUUCAGUGCCCCUCCCGAAAAUCUCCCGGGGCAACCAUUCUCCCGAAUUUCUCCCGAUUUCCACCCGGACAACAAUAUUGGGGGCGUGCCUUAAAGGGGAACAUUAUCACAAUUUCAAAAGGGUUAAAAACAAUAAAAAUCAGUUCCCAGUGGCAUGUUGUAUUUUUUGAAUUUUUUUUCAAAAUUUUACCGCUCCCCGAAUAUCCCUAAAAAAAGCUAUAAAGUGCUUGAUUUUCGCUAUUUGCGACGCGACUAUCCAUUUCCCUGUGACGUCACACAGUGCUGCCAAUGUAAACAAACAACGGCGAAAACCACAGCAAGAUAUAGCGACAUUAGUUCGGAUUCAGACUCGGAUUUCAGCAACUUAAACAAUUUAACAGAUUACGCAAGUAUUGAAACGGAUGGUUGCAGUUUGAAUGUAUUGAAGAAGAAACUGAAGCUAUUGAGCGAAUAGCUAUUGACGCUAUUCAUAGCCAUAGCAUGGCCGAAUAGCUGCGUUAGCAUCGACGGUAAAAUAUGCGGACCAAACGAUCGGGACUUUCACAUCUUGUGACACUGGAGCAACUUAAAUCCUUCGAUUGGUAAGUGUUUUUUUCGCGUUAAAUGUGGGUGGAAGUAAACGUAAUAUAAUUGCAAAUGCAUCUGCAGGUUAUCCAUACAUCUCUGUGCCAUGUCUGCUUUAGCACCGUUUGUAAAUAGCAUGUUAGCAUCGAUUAGCGUAGCAUGUUAGCAUCGAUUAGCUGGCAGUCAACAUCAACAAAACUCACCUUUGUGAUUUUGUUGAAUUUAUAGUUGCAAAUGCAUCUGCAGGUUAUCCAUACAUCUCUGUGCCAUGUCUGCUUUAGCACCGCCGGUAAAUAGCAUGUUAGCGUCGAUUAGCGUAGCAUGUUAACAUCGAUUAGCUGGCAGUCACGCCGCAACCUAAUAUGUCUGAUUAGCACAUAAGUCAACAUCAACGAAACUCACCUUUGUGAUUUUGUUGAAUUUAUCGUUGCAAAUGCAUCUGCAGGUUAUCCAUACAUCUCUGUGCCAUGUCUGUCAUCGCCGGUAAAAUCUGGAGACACUGGCACAUUCAAUGGGGGUCUGGCGGCAGACACUUUUGCAUCUUCGGGCCAGUGGUGCAACUUGAAUCCCUCCCUGUUAGUGUUGUUACAUCCUUCGACAACACACCGACGAGGCAUGAUGUCUCCAAGGUUCCAAAAAAUAGUCGAAAAAACGGAAAAUACCAGAGCUGAGACCUAAUGUUUACAAUGUGUUGAAAAUGAAAUAGGCGGCUGUAUUACCUCGGCGACGUCACAUUCUGACGUCAUCACCUCCAGAGCGAUAAACAGAAAGGCGUUUAAUUCGCCAAAAUUCACCCAUUUAGAGUUCGGAAAUCGGUUAAAAAAAUAUAUGGUCUUUUUUCUGCACCAUCAAGGUAUAUAUUGACGCUUACAUAGGUCUGCUAAUAAUGUUCCCCUUUAAUGGCACUGCCUUUAGCGUCCUCUCUCACCUGAAAAGGAGACUAUUAUAUAUGUCUCCGUUAUCCAUAGGUUUAUCUAUAACCAAUUUUCCCUCUAAUUUUUCAUAUGUGUGAGCAAACGCCAAAACUCCUUGAUCAUUCAGUGGCGCACAUGUGAGCGACGGAAGACGUGCACACUGUUAUGCGCUUAUCUUUUUAUCCGAUUUUGUGCGCGGCCUAGAUUUGCCGUGCCCAGAGCACGCGUGAGCAGUGUGCAAUUGCACAUGCUUAGAGGGAAUGUUGUCUAUAACCCAUAAAGUAGGCACGGAGCCAUUUUUCAGCGGGUGUUUAUUCCAGCCGGCACGUUAAUACACCGACACGCAACAUCUGGAUUUCCAUCAUGCAUUGCUUCAAAACUAAGGCAAGUAGUAAUGUCCAAAAAUCAUAACAGAGACAAAGCAGAGGAAGGAAGAAAAGACAGUACGCUUCCAAGUUCCAAAAUGAUUGGAAAACAUUUUUAAAAAUUCAGUUCAUCCAGGACAGCUCGAAGGGGAAGGGGUGUGCUGCCUGCAAAUUUGGUAGAUCAGACUUCUCCAUUGAACAUGGUGGCCGAACGGAUAUAUACUCAUUCAUGAACGGAUUAUUUUUAUAUGUACGGCGUGGCGCAGUGGGAGAGUGAACGUGCGCAACCCGAGGGUCCCUGGUUCAAUCCCCACCUAGUACAAACCUCGUCAUGUCCGUUGUGUCCUUGAGCAAGACACUUCACCCUUGCUCCUGAUGGGUGCCGGUUAGCGCCUUGCAUGGCAGCUCCCUCCAUCAGUGUGUGAAUGGGUGAAUGUGGAAGUAGUGUCAAAGCGCUUUGAGUACCUUGAAGGUAGAAAAGGGCUAUAUAAGUUCAACCCAUUUAUAUAUAUCUAUAUAUAUAUAUAUGUAUAUAUAUAUAUACAUAUAUAUAUAUUAGGGGUGUGGGAAAAAAAUCGAUUCAAAUUUGAAUCGCGAUUCUCACGUUGUGCGAUUCAGGAUCGAUUCUAAUUUUGAAAAAAAUCGAUUUUUAUUUUAUUUUAUUUUAUUUUAUUUAUUAAUGUUUUAAUCAAUCCAACAAACCACUACACAGCAAUACCAUAACAAUGCAAUCCAAUUCCAAAACCAAACCUGACCCAGCAACACUCGGAACUGCAAUAAACAGAGCAAUUGAGAGGAGACACAAACACGACACAGAACAAACCAAAAGUAGUGAAACAAAAAUGAAUAUUAUCAACAACAGUAUCAAUAUUAGUUAUAAUUUCAGCAUAGCAGUGAUUAAAAAUCCCUCACUGACAUAAUCAUUAGACAUUUAUAAAAAAUAUUUAAAAAAAGAACAAUAGUGUCACAGUGGCUUACACUUGCAUGGCAUCUCAUAAGCUGGACAACACACUGUGUCCAAUGUUUUCACAAAGAUAAAAUAAGUCAUAUUUAUGGUUUGUUUAAUAGUUCAAACAAAUUUACAUUAUUGCAAUCAGUUGAUAAAACAUUGUCUUUACAAUUAUAAAAGCUUUUUACAAAAAUCUACUACUCUGCUGGCAUGUCAGCAGACUGGUGUAGAUCCUGCUGAAAUCUAUGUAUUGAAUGACUACAGAAUCGUUUUUAAUCGGAAAAAUAUUGUUUUUGAAUCGAGAAUCGUAAAAAAUCGAUUCAUAAUCGAAUCGCGACCCCAAGAAUCGAUAUUGAAUCGACACGUGGGACACCCAAAGAUUCGCAGCCCUGAUAUAUAUUGCUGGUAAUAUGAGCCGAGUUGCAGGUCAAGUCACACACAGAGCACUUACAAGCGAAAGCAGUGUGGAGACAGAAGAGGGAGAAUGGAUGUAUUUUUGACUCACAACAAACAAUAAAUGUGGACCUUUAAACACUAAACCAUAGCUUGUGUUUCACUACUCCUAAAUCACUCAUCGUCAACAAAAAACAAAAAACGUUUCUUGCAAGUAUCAUCCCUGCACGACGAGGAAUAACUCGACAUGCUUAACUGCACACAGAGAUAGUUUGAAAAGCAUCCAUCCAUCAUCUUCCGCUUAUCCGAGGUCGGGUCGCGGGGGCAACAGCCUAAGCAGGGAAACCCAGACUUCCCUCUCCCCAGCCACUUCGUCUAGCUCUUCCCGGGGGAUCCCGAGGCGUUCCCAGGCCAGCCGGGAGACAUAGUCUUCCCAACGUGUCCUGGGUCUUCCCCGUGGCCUCCUACCGGUUGGACGUGCCCUAAACACAUCCCUAGGGAGGCGUUCGGGUGGCAUCCUGACCAGAUGCUCGAACCACCUCAUCUGGCUCCUCUCGAUGUGAAGGAGCAGCGGCUUUACUUUGAGUUCCUCCCAGAUGGCAGAGCUUCUCACCCUAUCUCUAAGGGAGAGACCCAAACUCAUUUGGGCCGCUUGUACCCGUGAUCUUAUCCUUUCGGUCAUGACCCAAAGCUCAUGACCAUAGGUGAGGAUGGGAACGUAGAUCGACCGGUAAAUUGAGAGCUUUGCCUUCCGGCUCAGCUCCUUCUUUACCGCAACGGAUCGGUACAACGUCCGCAUUACUGAAGACGCCGCACCGAUCCGCCUGUCGAUCUUACGAUCCACUCUUCCCUCACUCGUGAACAAGACUCCUAGGUACUUGAACUCCUCCACUUGGGGCAGUUUGAAAAGCAAAAAAAAAUUAAAUAAUGAUUUUACUCAGCAGCACCCGUGUAAAAAUAUCAUCAAUGUUAAAAGUCAUUUUGUUGAUGAAGGGCGCACAUGUGUAAGUGUAACAAGAGGCCAGUCAACUUCAAGAUUAGACUUUUAGCUCAUGAGUCAGCACACUUGCCUGUAAAACAAAAGUAGUGUGUGAAUUAUAUUUAUAUAGCACUUUUCUCUAGUGACUCAAAGUGCUUUUACAUGGUGAAACCCAUAAGUUACAUUUAAACCAGUGUGGGUGCACUGGGAGCAGGUGGGUAAAGUGUCUUGCCCAAGGACACAAGGGCUGUGACCAGGAUGGCGGAAGCCGGGAUCGAACCUGGAACCCUCAAGUCGUUGGCACGGACACUCUACCAACCGAGCUAUACCGCCCCAAACAAAACAAAAAAACACAGCCGACAGAGAGACCACACAAUUUGUACACGAAGCUGAGCUGUCUGUGAUUGACAGCUAUGAACGCCGCUCAUUACAUUCCACUUUCAAAUUCGGGGGCCCCGUCAUCUUGUGGGGGCCGGUAAUCCCAUGCAUUGAGGCGGUCCUUACCACACAACAAUAGGAUAGCUAACAGCAAACUAAUGCCGCCGAAUGUAAACAAAUGGAUGGAUCUACACGUAUAUCGACUGUAAUGAUACCAAGUAGAAGAGCGUAUACAGUCGAUACUAUAAUGAAUACAUGGAUGUUUGUUAUUAUCACUAAAUCUUUUGUCAGUCUUUUAUUGUUUGUACUCUCAAGAAACACACUAUGUUGCCAAAAGUACUUGGCCACCCAUCCAAAUGUUGUGAAAUGUCCUCGCUCAUGAAUAUUCCAACGUCAACUGUCGGCUUUAUUAUAAGAAAAUGGAAGAGUUUGGGAACAACAGCAACUCAGCCGUGCCUGAAGUGCAUAGUGCAAAGAGGUCGCCAACUUUCUGCACAGUCAGUUGCUACCAAGCUCUAAAUUUCAUGUGGAAGCUCACAUGAAGUUUGUCGUUUGGAAUGGGUUUCCAUGGCCGUGCAGCUGGAUCUAAGCCAUACACGAAGUCUAUUGCAAAGAGUCGGAUGCAGUGGUGUAAAGCACGUCGCCACCGGACUGUAGAGCAGUGGAGACGGGUUCUCUGGAUUGAUGAAUCAUGCUUUUCCAUCUGGCAAUCUGGUGGAUGACUUUGGAGGUUGCCAGGAGAACGCUACAUUUCGGACUGCGUUGUGCCGAGUGUGAAAUUUUGGUAGAAGAGGAAAUAUGUUGUGGUGGUGUUUUUCUGGAGUUGGGCUUGGCCCUUUCGUUCCAGUGAAAGGAACUUUGAAUGCUCCAGGAUACCAAAACAUUUUGGACGAUUCCAUGCUCCCAAACUUGUGGGAACAGUUCGGAGCGGGCCCCUUUCUCUUCCAGUGCACAAAGCAAGGUCCAUAAAGACAUGGAUGACAGAGUUAGGGUGUGGAUGAACUUGACUGGCCUGCACAGAGUCCUGACCUGAACCCGAUAGAACAACUUUGUGGUGAAUUAGAACAGAGACUUGAGAGCCAGGCCUUCUCGACCAACAUCAGCGUGUGACCUCACCAAUGCGCUUUUGGAAGUAUGGUAGAACAUUCCUAUAAACACACUCUGCCACCUUGUGGACAGCCUUCCCAUAAGAGUUGAAGCUGAAAUAGCUGCAAAAGAUGGACCGACAUCGUAUUAAAUUUGGACCCUAUGGGUUAGGAAUGGAAUGGCACUUCAAGUUCAUAUGUGAGUCAAGGCAGGUGGUCCAAUACUUUUGGCAAUAAAGUGUAUGUCCCUUGACUCAGGAGGAUUUUAAAUAUGACCAAUAUAUGAGCAGAAGUGUAGAUAAAAUUAGCUUAAAACAGUGAAUGAACAAAUAGAUUAAUAAUCCAUACAUUUUUUACCGUUUGCCCCAUCAUAUUUUGGACAAAAUGAUAGAAUGGGAAAUGACACUACAUGCUACUGCAUACCACAGCAGCAAAAUUAGGAGCCUUUGUAACCAGUUUGCUUAUUUACAACUGAAAGAGAUUUUGUUUAAUAUAUUCACUGUUAUUUAAUGCUAAAAUUGUACUUUCAUUGCAAUAAAAAACAUGUUGAAUGUCAAA